GAAGGGCGGGGCGAAGUCGGGAAAGGCGCCGGAGUUCGACUCGACGGAGGUGGGGUCCCCUGUCCGGGGAAGAUGGAGCGCAAAGGGGCGUCGCUGGCCCAGGAGCUCCGGCGCUGGGCGGCCGAGGAGAUGAAGCUGCCGCUCAGCAAGAUCCCCUCCGAGAGCGCCGCCCGACGGAUGUGCUCGGGUCAGUGUGCUGAAAUCUGGAACUACGUCAUCCGACAUGUUCAUCACCAGCGAAAUGUGAAGAAGAUUCGUGGAAAUGUGCUCUGGUAUCAACAGAUGGAGGAGGCCAAGGGCAAUCCUGGCAGCUCCGAAUCGGAGAAGGAACGCCGCAAGCAGCUGGUCCAGGGCAUUGCCCGCCUGCGGGAGGAGCUGCAGCAGAUCGACCUGCAGAUCGAGUCCGCGCAGCGGGAGCUUGUGGCGGACGAGGUGACCCUGGAGACCUCCCAGGAGAUGAUCUGCGAUGCCAAGCGCCGCAGCUUGCUUCUCAAGGCGUACUCUGCCCGGGUGGCCUCGGAGCGCCAACAGUUGCGUGCCAGAACUCUGCAAGUGAAGGGACGUCUGGAGCAAUUGGAAGAAAUGGAGAGGAAGGCCCGGACAGCUGUGGUGUUUGGCAGGAAAGCCUCUGAAUCUGGUUUCCCCACUUUGGAGCCGGAGGUUCUGCGAGACGUCCGGGAAGCCUGUCAGCUCCGCUUCCAGUUUCUCAAGACCCUCUUCGAGCACAGCGUAUCUGGGAACUUUCUUGGGGUGGAUGAGGAGAUGAACAGUUCCUACCAGCACUGGCUGAGCGUUGUGGAGAAACUCGCAGCCUCUCAUCCACCUGCGCACAUCCUUUCGGCCUUGGAGCACCUGGCCCUCCAGAGCGCCCAGCAGCUGCAGGAGCUCUCCGACAGCCUCAACAUCCCCCAAGAUGUGGAAGCACUCAAGUUCCGUUUGCACAGUGGCCACCUAGAAGAUGUCUCAGACCGUAUGGAUGACCUUCCGUCUGUCCGACACCUGAUCCAGGAGGGCUGGAGCAAAUGUGAGAUGCUCUGCAUCCAACAGAUCCCUCUCCAGGCUCAGGAGAGGAAGCUUUUAGCUCAGUUGGAAGCAGUUGUCCAAGACGUGCAUCGUCUGCUGUCAGAUGGCUCCGAGCACUCCAUCCUGGCCAGAGCUGUGUUUGAGCUGGAGCUCCGGGCGGUGAGGCUCCGGGAAUACCGGGACGGGCUGCUGGAUGGCUGCCGAGAACUGGAAGAAGCGGUGAGGACGAAGCAGGUGGAACGGCAGGACUUGGAGGCCAAACGCCGGCGCGUCAUGGACUUCCGCCGCCUGGUGAAUGAGAAGCAGCAACAUAUUCGGGUGCUCAUCAAGGGAACCUCUUAUAUUAAGUCCCAGCUUCGUAAGGACCAGGCUGAGGUGAGGUGUUUGCUUUAUUUAUUUGAUGAUGUUGUUCAACACCAACAGGGAAAAAGACAGCCGACGCAGCUUGCUUUCUCUUCCAGGUCUCAGUACCUCCCUGCUCACGAGCUUUCCAUCCACCGCUUGAGCCGUACGGCCCCAGCAGAAUACAGGGCCUUCCUCAACGUCUGCAGUGGAGCUGCUUUCCCGCUUUACAAGGGUCCUGAGCAGCUCCUCCCCCACAUGGCCGACCUGAAGAAAAAGCUUCUUUUCCUGUGUGCCCAGCUCAGUUCCAAACAGAGGGCUUUGGAGAAUCUGCAGCACCAGCUGGAGGAGGCUCCAGAACCCGAUGUGCAAGCCCUGGUGCGAGAAGUGAAGGCCCAUGAUCAAGAGCAGGCCCGUGAGCUCCUGCCUCGGAUUCAGAGGGUGACCGAUCAGUGCCGCUGCCGUAUAGAGCGAUGGCAGGAGGUGCAGGCCAUUGUGGAUGCAUGGUGGGAACAACCAGGACAGUUUGUGCUCCCGGGCGAGCGGCGCCAUGGCUUCACCUUGCAACAGUGGCUGGAGCGCUGGACCUUGGCAGCCAAGACGUCGCAGCAGCGGCAGAAGCAACACAGCUGGACCUGAAACUGGCCCACGAGCAGGGGUGGGGGCCCCCACAACAGCCUACGUGGCGGUUUCUAUCUAAGGCCGACGAUGCCCUUUUCAUGAACCGAGGCAUGGAUUGUGCCUGUUGGUUCAGUUAUGUGUUUUGUUCCACUGCAACCCCUUAGGGGGUAGAACUGUCACUGAAUUUAAUGCAAGAGGUGGUUUUCUGUCCCUCCUUGGGGGAAAUAGUGCUGAAGGUACAAUUGCUAAGCAGGUUGUGGGUCUUUUUUUUUUUUCACCUCUUCUGGGUUUCCAAAAUAAAUUCAAAGGCACCACUUUAAACUUAUUUGGGCUGGCUCAUGCCGUUUUAAAAUCCAGCCAUGAAAACUGGAUCCAGUUUUUAAAAUUAUUUAUUGCAAAAAGGUAAUGCCGAAAUGGCCUCUCCUGUCCCACAAUUAGGAGGAGUUUCAUUCAGGAUCUUCUGAGCUGGGUUUGAGCAGACGUUCAUACUUCCUCCCCAGCCUUUUCUCUAAGAGGGUGUGGCACGAUGGGCCCUCCGGACGUUUUGGACUCCAAAUCUCAUAAUCUCUUAUAAUUGGCCAUGCUCGUUGGAGCUUCUGGGAACUGGCGUCCAAAACAUAUGAAAGGCUUAAGGUAUUCCAUUCCGCUCACUGGUGCUAAUGUUGCCACAUGUCGUAAAACACCUGAGUCUGUCAUCUUAUUGAGAAAUAAGGACUGAUCUCUGCAAAGCUAGCAUAAUGAAUCAGUAUUGCUGAUUUCUUGCUAGGGACCAGGUUUUCUUAGAAUACAGAUCCCAUAAUUCACCAUUCUGAGGGUUAUACCUGACAGACAGACAUGGAAAUUUGGCUCACUUGGG